GACACGAGGCUGAGUUUUGUAGGUAGAUCCCGAAGUCGAAGAUCAUUAAAAUUGAAUUUACUGACAAGAUGUUAUUAUAUUACCUACAAAAUAUCUUUAUUUACAGACUUUAGGCUUAUAUAUUUUUACUAUUCACCUGAUAUGUCUUAUGAGUGGUUUGAACAAUUAGGACAACCACGUUUUGUGGUUGCUCCAAUGGUGGAUGCUAGUGAACUUGCUUGGCGUCUUCUUUGCCGAAGGCAUGGAGCUCAGUUAUGUUAUUCUCCGAUGUUUCAUAGCAAUGUCUUCAUAAAAGAUCCAAAAUAUAGAAAAGAUAGUUUACAGACUUGUGAAGAAGAUCGUCCUUUAAUAGUACAGUUUUGUGGAAACAAACCUGAAGUAAUGGCUGCUGCUGCCAAAUUAGCUGAACAGUACUGUGAUGCUAUUGAUGUUAAUCUGGGAUGUCCACAAGCAAUAGCAAAGAGAGGUAGAUAUGGAUCCUAUCUUCAAGAUGAUUGGGAACUACUACAAAGCAUUGUGUCUGCUAUGUCUAAAGCAGUUUCAAUACCAAUAACUUGUAAAGUAAGAAUAUUCGAAGAUGUAGAUAAAUCUGUGAAGUAUGCACUUAUGUUGCAAGAAGCAGGUUGCAAACUCCUGACAGUCCAUGGAAGGACACGAGAACAAAAAGGACCUCUUACUGGAGUUGCUAGUUGGAAACAUAUAAAGGCAGUUAGAGAAGCAGUGUCAAUACCUAUGUUUGCAAAUGGUAACAUACAAUGUCUUGAGGAUGUUUAUAGAUGUUUGGAGUGUACAAAUGUUAAUGGUAUAAUGAGUGCAGAAGGGAUACUAACAAAUCCAGCUCUAUUUGAAGGAAUUAAUCCACUAACAUGGGAGAUCGCACACGAGUAUCUUGACCUUAUAGAGAAAUACCCUUGUCCAUCUUCAUACAUCAGAGGACAUUUGUUUAAAAUAUUCCACAAAAUCUUUAUAGUAGAAGACAAUAACGAAGUUAGGCAACUCUUAGCAACAGCACAAAAUAUUAAUCAUUUUAGGCAAGUGUGUUUUGCAAUCAAGGAGAGGUACUUACACUAUCAUCAAGGACUAAAACACUUUAAUAAUGAUGAAAGUAUAAUUAAGCUUGGUUAUAACUUGCUGUUGCCUCCAUGGAUAUGUCAACCUUAUGUGAGAAUGUCUCCUGAAGAGCAUACAAUGAAAAUGGAAAGACAUAAUAAAGAUCAGGGUGAAAAUAUUCACAAACGAAUUCACGAGGACCCAGAUGGCAAUACUAUAUCUAGAAAGAAAAUGAAGAAAUUAAGAAGAAUCAUGAGAAGACCAAUUAAGGCAGAAAAUCAGACUGGGCGAAGUGGAGAAAUCUGUAUGAAAGAAGACUGCCUUAAUCCACUUGGUGGUAAAUGCGUAUAUCAGCUUUGCAAGAAAUGUUGUAAAAGUAAAUGUUAUGAAGAGAAUUUGGACUGCCAAGGUCAUAGGAUACUUGUACAUACAAAACGCCAAUUAGCUAAGAAUAGAGCUAUAGAAAAUGACAAUAAGACAUAGGAAAUCAAUCUGUUAUUUGAAGCAUGUAAAUAUAAUUAUGUAUUAUCAUAAGGAAAAUGUAAUAUUAGUAUUUAUUUAUCACCCUCCUCUGACCAUACUUGACUAUAGUUGGGUCGUGGUUCAAUCUAUACAUAAUUUCUAUAAUAUAUUGUUGUAAUAUUAGCAUAUGGUGUU